AUGUCAGUUGUGAAUACAUCCACUCUGAGACUUCAAACAGCUUCCUGGUCUAGAAGGGCACCCUUUAAAAGAUCUUGUGCUCUUAUUAAGAGUUCAUCAACUUUGAGCUGUGUGAAGAAUGUGUCUAAACUAUUUGGAUCAAAAUCAUCAUCAUCCUUUAGAGUUUCUGCGAUGGCAGUAUAUAAAGUGAAACUGAUUGGACCAGAUGGUGUAGAGAACGAAAUUGAGGCCCCUGAUGACUCUUAUAUUCUGGAUUCAGCUGAAAAUUCUGGAUUAGAGUUACCUUAUUCAUGCAGAGCAGGUUCCUGCUCAACUUGUGCAGGUAAACUGGUUUUAGGCUCUGUGGAUCAAUCAGAUCAAUCCUUUCUUGAUGAUCAACAAAUGGAGAAGGGUUAUGUUCUGACAUGUACCUCAUACCCAACAUCAGAUUGUGUGAUUUACACCCAUAAAGAAGAAGAUCUCUACUAAGUGAUGAUAUAUGCCUUGCUAUGUGUCAUGGUAGCUAGCUAUUUUGAAACUAUGUUGGUGUUUAUUUAUCUUUUUGAAUCAUUCUAAAUUUGUCCGAAGCUUGAACCAGGUAAUUUCUAGGGAUUAGA